CCAAAAUUGCUCAUUUUUGGGCCCAAAUUCCUCAUUUUUGGGACAACACCUCUCAUUUUGGGGUCGACAUCGCUAACUCGGGUCGGGGCGGAGGGGGAACAUUAUUUUUCCGGGUGCUCCGCCCCGCUCAUUUUGGGUCCGUUUCCACUCAUUUUGCCCCAUCGUUCGACAACGACCGCCAAUCCGUCCCCAUUUUGGGGACAAUUCACCCUAAUUUCGCCCUUUUUUUUCCUCCCCCCGCAGGCUCCCCCGGCGCCUCCCCAGCCCCACGCCGCCCUCCCAAGGAGCCUUCCUCCUCUUCCUCCUCCUCCUCCUCCUCCUCUUCGGGGACCCCCCCGGCCAUGCCAUCGGAACCGGACCCCCCGUUCCGCCGCCGUCCCCCACCCCAAACCCCCCAAGCCUCGGUGGGGGGCUGCCCCCUGGACAUCCCCCUGUUGCUGGAGGAGCUGCGGGUGUUGCAACAGCGUCAGCUCCGCCAGAUGCAGCUGACCGAGGACAUCUGCCGCCAGGUCCUACUCUUGGGGGCCCUGAGCGCCCCGAAAUCCCGCACCCCCCCGGCGGCCCCGCCGCCCCCCGCUCACAAAAAACCCCAUUUCGUGGCGGGGAAACCAUUUUUCCCCCUUUUCCCCCCGAAAAACCAACCGCACGCCGCCACCGCCGCCGCCGCCGCCGCCGCCGCCGCCGCCGCCGCCUUCUUUUUGGCCACCCCCUACCGCGGGGUCGGGGUGACGCCGGCGGUCUCGGCCCGCCCCCCGAAUUUCGGCCCGGGGGAGGCGGGGGGGACGCGUCACGAGUGCGGGUUUUGCGGGAAGGGGUUCGGGAGCGAGAGCGCCCGGCAGAUCCACCUGCGCUCGCAUACAGGCGAACGGCCCUACGGCUGUAGCGUCUGCGGCAACCGCUUCACCACGCGCGGCAACCUGAAGGUUCACUACCACCGGCACCGGCAGAAGUACCCCCGCCUCGCCGUGAGCCCCCAGCCCGCCAACGGAGCGCAGUCGGCCUCCAGCAACACCCAGUUGGCCUCCAACAGCGUGCAACCGCUUGUCAACACCCAGUUGGCCUCCAGCAACAACCAGUUGGCCUCCAGCAACACCCAGUCGGCCUCCGGCAACAACCAGUUGGCCUCCAACAGCGUGCAACCUCUUGUCAACAACCAGUUGGCCUCUAGCAACAACCAGUUGGCC